UUAUUCCGUCCAAAUGCAGUAUCUCUAUUCUAAAAACUGAGAAGAUGAAUGAUUAUGAAAAGCCUCCUCCAUACUCACCACGGGCAACUCCUGUGACAUUUCAACCUGGUUAUAAUACAGCUCCUUAUAAUCCACAUGAAAAUAAUGGACUGUAUUCAGAUUGCCAAGGGCCAGCACAGUAUGGAGCUUCUCAAGGGCCAGCACAAUAUGAAACGUAUCAAGGGCCAGCACAAUAUGGGACUUGUCAAGGGCCAACACAAUAUGGAACCACUUACGUGCCUGUAACUGUACCUGUGAAUACAAAUGUAGUUGGUGCAUGUCCUGCAUGCCGGGUUGGCAUUCUUGAAGAGGAUUAUCCUUUCUUGGCCCUUUGCCUUGCUGUGUUUUGCUUUCCUUGUUGUGGUGUUUGUUGUUGCUUAGCAAUGAAGCGAAGACGUUGUCCAACUUGUGGAGCUGUAUUUACUUGAAAAGAAAAAUGUAAUUUUUAAAAUUACAAAAAUAUUGAACAUUCCAUUUUAUAUGUAUUUUUAUAUGAAGAUGCUGAAAUGUAUAUUUUGUUUGUUUUUAAUACAGUGACGGAUAACGAUUGUCA